AUGAGCUCUGCCUAUCUACUCCAGCCCACAAACCUGCAAAAACACACAGACACACAAACACACACAAAGCGGAAGUCUUUCUCUCAGUGUCUUCCCCUCCCAUCAGAGGACAACCGUACCUCUCAGUGUGACAGAACCGCGAAGAUGUCUGUUGAAGCGGACAAGGAUGAGGAGGGGGAUUCUGGGUCAGGAGUUGCAAUCUUAGAGACCAACCGCUUUGGGUUCAUUGUAGGAAAUGGAGAGACUGACAGUGAGGCUCCCUGUCCUGAGUUAGUGAGACAUCGAGAGACAAAGUGGCUCGGCCUCAUUAAACAAUGGGAACAAGUGAUAGAGAAAAAGAACAACAAGGUCAAAGGUCAAUGUCAGAAAGGCAUCCCAGCAUCCGUCAGGGCUAAGUGCUGGCCACUGCUCUGUGGUGCUAUGGACAGAAAGAAACAAAAUGAAAAGCUCUAUGAAGGUCUGAUUAAAGCUCCAGAUCAUCAGGGAUGGACAGAUAUCAUCAAAAGAGACACAGACAGACAGUUUCCCUUCCAUGAGAUGUUCCAGUCCAAAGAUGGCCAUGGUCAGAAGGAUUUGCUGGAGGUUUUGAAAGCGUACACGCAGUAUAAACCAGAUGAGGGCUACUGUCAGGCACAAGGACCUGUGGCAGCUGUAUUGCUCAUGAAUAUGCCCGCUGAGGAGGCAUUUUGGUGUUUGGCACAGAUUAGUGAGCAUUACCUUCCUGGCUACUACAGCCCUCUGCUGGAAGGUGUUUUAUUUGAUGCUGCUGUUCUCUCAAAUGUCUUAAAAAAACUGUGUCCAGCAGCACAUAAACACUUACAGAAUCAGGGGGUGGAGCCUCUCAUGUUUGCCACUGAUUGGCUGAUGUGCUUGUACAGCCGCCACUUGCCUUUCAAUACUCUGCUCAGAGUCUGGGAUCUCUUCUUCUGCUAUGGUGUGCGUGUGUUAUUUCAAGUGGCCGUGGUGCUGGUGCGGCGAUGUCUCGGAGAAGGACGACUUCGAAAAGAAUGUGAUGGACAGAUGGAAACACUGGAGCGUCUGCGUGGUGUUAAACAGCGUGUCCAAAAUGAUCAAACUGAUGCCUUCAUUCAUGAGGUAUGUUCUGUGGCACUGUCUUCGGCGGACCUGCUAAAACAAACAGAGAAAGAGAUGGAGAAAUGGAAGAAAGAAAGACCAGAUUCGACCUUUGACCCUCGAGGCCGCUGCCACGGAUACCGCAUGGCAUGGGAAAGAGUGCAGAACAAACAGAAGGAAAAACAAAAAGGGACUCUGCCUCUUCCUCUGAUGCGUUCACACUCAUCUCUUUCUCCACAUAUUCUACGAAAAAAGUUCAGAAAGAGAGGAAGCAGAAGUGACGCUGAGGAAUGGGACGGAGGAGGGAGAAAAAUCUCACAAGGCAUGAUGGAAGAGAGCGAUGAAGGAGAGAUAAGAAGGAAAAGUGUGUGCGGUGUCGCUGGAGAACAAAGGGCCAAGCAGGACAGACUAGCGGAGUUCAACACAAACAAACAGAAAGACCAUAUCACUCAUGCAAACAUCAAAAUUGAGUUUGAUGUUUUUGAGGAAGGCCAUGAAGAAACAGCGUGCAUGUCACAUAUGCAUAGUGUGACGAAGAGAGACUCUGGACAGGGGGAUGCGCACAAAAAUAAUCAUCAAGAAAAUAUAAACCAACAAAAAUAUAAUUCACCGGCAGGACAAGAGAAACGUGAUUCAGAAAGAACUGGUGGGGGUGUGGAGGAGAGCAAAGAGACAAAUUAUCAUGAACAGAAUGUAGACAGACAGACAUGUCAAGAUGAACCGAAAUCAAGUGAGACAUCUGAAGAAAGCAAGACAUCUGAAGAAAGACAGAAAUCAGAAAGUGAGACAUGUCAAGAUGAAACAAAAUCAGAAAGUGAGACAUGUCAAGAGAGACACAAAUCAGAAAGUGAGACAUGUCAAGAGAGACACAAAUCAGAAAGUGAGACAUUUCAAAAUGAAACGAGAUUAGAAAGUGAGACAUGUCAAGAUGAAACGAAAUCAGAGAGUGAGACAUGUCAAGAUGAAACGAAAUCAGAGAGUGAGACAUGUCAAGAUGGACAGAAAGCAGAAAGUGAGACAUGUCAAGAUGAAACGAAAUCAGAGAGUGAGACAUGUCAAGAUGGACAGAAAGCAGAAAGUGAGACAUGUCAAGAUGGACAGAAAGCAGAAAUUGAGACAGGUCAAGAUGAAACAAGAUCAGAAAGUGAGACAUGUCAAGAUGAAACGAAAUCAGAAAGUGAGACAAGUCAAGAUAGACAGAAAGCAGAAAGAGAGACAUGUCAAGAUGGACAGAAAGCAGAAAUUGAGACAUGUCAAGAUGGACAGAAAGCAGAAAUUGAGACAUGUCAAGAUGAAACAAGAUCAGAAAGUGAGACAUCUAAAGAGAGACAGAAAUCCAAAAGUGAGACAUCUGAAGAGAAACAGAAAUCCAAAAGUGAGACAUGUCAAGGUGAAACAAGAUCAGAAAGUGAGACAUGUCAAGAUGGUCCGAAAGCUGAAAGUGAGACAUUUCAAGGUGAAACAAGAUCAGACAGUGAGACAUCUGAAGAGAGACAGAAAUCCAAAAGUGAGACAUCUGAAGAGAAACAGAAAUCAGAAAGUAAGACAUGUCAAGAUGGACAGAAAUCAGAAAGUGAGACAUGUCAAGAUGGACAGAAAUCAGAAAGUGAGACAUGUCAAGAUGGACAGAAAUCAGAAAGUGAGACAUGUCAAAACGAAACGAAAGCAGAAAGUGAGACAUGUCAAGAUGGACAGAAAGCAGAAAGUGAGACAUGUCAAGAUGAAACAAGAUUAGAAAGUGAGCCCAAUCAAAAAGAUGAAGAGAACAUAGAAGAGCAAGAAGACCAAGAUAAACAGAAGGUGGAAAUUCAGAUAAUUUCAGGAUUACGUGAAGAAAAUAUCCCACCUAAUAAGACAUCACAGACCAACUAUGAUCCACAGGAAGAACACCUACAGACCAACUCUGGUAAACAGGAAGAGGAAAUGCAGUCAGAGAGCAACUUUCAGAGAGACGAAAUACAAACCGGGGGCUGUAAACGGAACAAAGAUGAGCUAGAUGCUUUGCAAAAAGUCAUAACACCCGAAGACAACCAUAAAGAUGAGGAAAUCAUACAAACCCAGGAAACCCCCCUAACGACAGAAGAACAAACACAUGUUGACCAAGAAGACUUAAAGAUUCAUUUGCACAGAGGCCAACACGAAGAAAACAUACAAUCAGAAAGACGAGAAGAACACAAGGAGACUGGUACUCAGCAAGACAUGUUCACUGAUGUAGGGAUUACAGAAGAUGAUGAUAAAGAAAGUGAGAAAAAUAGAGAAAUUAGUCAAGAUGAGACAGAUGGUGAGGAUCAAACAGCUGACAAAAUGAUGCAAACAUCUGAAGCAAUGCUAACAUCAUCCACUGAUCCUGAAUCAGAAGGUGAGAGUGAAUUUCAUCCAGAUGGAUCGGUCACUCAUCCUGUACAGUCCAGUGACAUGGAUCACAAUGAUCUCGAUAUUAUUGUUACGUCCAGCGAGUCAGAACACGGUCAAAUGGAUACCAAAGAAGGAAAAGUCAUAUUGGGUGCUACCAAAGGUGACAACAUCCCCAAUUCUCAGGGGGAGGAUGAAACAGCACCAUCUAUAAACUCUGGAGACGGUGAUAUGGAUAUAGCUGAUGUAGCCACAAAAAAUAAUGAAGCAAGCAAACCAUCUACUAAAGAAAUAAGACACCUUGAGAAUAACGGAGAAGAUGAUUCUUGUUUCUCCGACAACCCAGAAAGCAAAAAACCAAUUGGAACUCAAGUUGAAAACCCAGGAGACAAGGAGCAACCUAAAGAUGAAACUAGCAACAAUGUGCACGUUACAACAAAAUCUGCUCUUCCCGAGAGCAACGCAGUGAAUUCUGUUGAUGGAUCUGGCAACCCUGAGGAUUCUCCUGGAUCUGGCAACGUUCAUAACAGCGCAGGUGCAAAACGACCCAACAGUCAGGAGUCAGAGCCCCCCUCUUCAAUGACCCCACCCAAAACCCCAAACAUCCCACCAGCUCAACUUUGUUUGCGCAGAACUUCCAGCUCACGGGUGUGCUAUCCCACAAUCCUCUCUGAUGACACCUUUAAAGAGCCAAAAGAGAUGAGCACUGAUCACACACAGACUGCAAAGCAGACAAACACAUCCAAGUCAGACGUGUCACCUCCACCCACAUGUCAACCUGAAAUAAACAACACAUCCAAACCAGAAAACACACAAGAGACACACGCUCAGACUGAAUCCGAUUCACAGACAAAAACCAAACGCCUGGGUCUUUUCCGCCGCCUUCGAGGGGACGCCAAUAAAACCCCAGUCCCAAAAAUCCUCAUUCAAGACUUUAGCGAGAAAGAGGAGCAUGUGACCUCGAAAGAAAGGAGACGGCGCAAGAGAGAAAAGGAGAGAAAAGAAAAGGAGGAGAAAGAGAGAAAGAAACGAGAGAAAGAAAUGGAAAAGGACAAAGAAAGAGAAAGGAAAAAGCCUCAGACGAGAGGGAAGAGUUUCCAGGUGCUCAGCAAGAAGUGUCCCGAUAAUGAAGUGACCGCCCGGAGCGGUGAUGACUCUCAGACGGUUCGCUCCAGGAGAAAUUCUGCUCCUUUUUCAGAUAGUUAUUUUUAAAUAACAAGAGACAAUUAAAUAUCAGUGUC